AGGUAACGACUGUCUUUUGCCCAUCAGCAUCUAACUAGCCAUGGUUAUGCGAUAUCCUACGGUCCACAUCACUCUCCUUACGACCUUAAUCCUCGUCACUUUAUUUACCAUAUGCAGUAGAUACUAUCAAGAGCAACAGCUUCAGUCGCUACUGACGAGGACCUGCCACAGCACAAGCAGCUCAUCGAUUGCUGGCAACACCUCCAGGGAUGGCGCCUUCUUCCGUGCCGGAGACAUCGCUGAGCGGAACGAGGAUUGGGGUGAGAAGGUAUGCUCUCUACAGCAACUUAGUGACCUCAAUGACUUCUAUGAAUACAUCUACACAUCAAGGGUUCCGUGUGACUUCAAGAUGAUGCUGGGAGGACGCCUGUACCAUAAGACUUCAAAGAUAGACGGUGACAAAUGGGUGUGCAUGGACAAACAAUUUAACAUUUCUCCAAAGAAAUGUCUCGUAUUUUCCUUUGGAAUUGGUGCCGAUUGGUCUUUCGAGGAUGAGACUGAAGGAAAGCUGGGCUGCAAGGUGUUUGCCUUUGAUCCCACCAUCAACAAAGAAACACACAACCGAACGGAAAAAAUAAGUUUCUUCAACUUGGGCAUUGGUGACUCCAACAAGACUGGACCUACAUUCAAAGUAAAGACAAACCGUUACUGCAACAUCCUCAGCGGGCUUGGUCACCUCAACAGCGUCAUUGAUAUCCUCAAGAUCGACAUAGAGGGAAGUGAACUUCGCGUCUUUAGAGAUGUCCUAGAGGGCACACCUAAUCUCCUUAAAAAUGUUAAAUUUAUAGCAAUGGAGGUGCACAUUGGAGGAAAAACCACAGAAAUUGGAAGAGGUCAUAAAGCAUUCUGGAAAUACUUUCAACUGUUGGAUUGUUUUGGCUUCAAGAUACUGUACAGUGCUAUCAAUCCUUUCUCUGGCGGAAGGGUGGUGAAUGGGAGGCGCCGCUCUUGCUGUUAUGAAAUAGUGUGGGUUCAAGACCGUAGCUGGUAAUGUCCACACCCAUAGCCUUCAUUCACUCUCACUACUGGAGACAACAACGAAAUUACAAGAAUAGAGUUUGAAAAAUUCAGUCAGGUGCUCCAAUCUUCAGCGAAUGGCAAGUAAUAUGUUUUAUAUUUUAUUAGUAUUUUGUGAUGCGGUUUUAUGAAAUUAAGUUUUUUAAUCAAAAUACUUAAUUUUAAUAUGUCUUGUUACUGUACAUUAAAUACUUAG